AUGUCUGGUUGGUCAACUCUGCUCUCAUGCCAGCCCAAGACGCAGCAGGGUUCGGGCGAGGCCGAAGUCUCGCAACCAUGGAGUUUCUUGAUAUCAGACAUGCUACAAAGGGCGCGCAACGUGAAGAGUAGUAUGACGAAUCGCGCUACUGCAGGAGACGAGACGCUUUUUCGGGCAGAGUGUGUGUACUCGGUUGUCCUCGGUUGCAUGCCGAUAAUCCUUGGGCCGACGAGAGAGAGGGUACAAGAAGCCGGUGUGAGUCAGCGGCUGCAGGACGAGAGUCCCCCGUCAGCCCUGUCGGCAUGUCAGGCUGAUCGAGAGGCGGACAGGCGUCACGGCCGUGGGCAUGUGACGGGAACCGUUGUUGGUGUUGGUGUUGCUGUUGACAGGAGUGAUCACUUAUGGCAAGACAUUGUCGGAUGGAAGGAGGGGAGAGAGAUAGACUUGGUGGGCCGACCCGACUGGAGUUGAAGCACCGACAAAGGCGAUACACUGUUACCCGUUAGGGAGCCGCCGUUGGACCUUCUAGCGCCACCCACCCCAGCCGGUUUGUUAGCUUCCAGGGACUGGGCCACCACAGACCUUCCAACCCGGCCCAUUUCUUAGCUGCUAACUUACCUUAUCCUUCUAUUGGACGGCUUACACAUCACAUCACUCAACUUCUCCAUAUCCAACCUCUUUGGGGAACGUCCAACCUUCCACUGAAGCUCAGAUGUGCCUGUGAACUGCCAAAUCAUCAAGAAAUGAUACUGAAAUGCGCGAAAGAAUCCACUAUAGGUAUUCAGGGCGUUAGGCGGGUAACUGCGGGAAGUUGCCCCAGUCUCAUUGACGGGCUUAACGCCGCCGCUGCGCGUUCCUUCAUGCUCUGGAUAUGUUAUUUAGAAUCAUUUGGAGUUUGUCAUCAGUCCCGAGGCCCGGAGAGUGUAAUGAACGCCGAGUCACCGGUUCCUGUUUGCCAAAAAGACCCAAUACCUACCAAGUCCAUAGCCAGUCAACAUCACACUCACUGGAGUGACGUGCCAGUCAAAGGCUCUUACUCAGACUCGGACGCCUAGCCGCUCAC